UUACAGUUAUAAUGAUAAAUUUACUUACUAGUACAAUGUACUUACAGCCUGGUUUAAAAAGAAAUGAAUUUCAGCGCCCACAUUUGGUUACCCAGCAGUAUAUGAUUUAGCUAGAUGUCCUGCCUGAGCCUUUGCCAUCUUGCAAAGUGAGCAAGAAAAGUACUUGUAACGUGCACUUGCCUGAGAGGAAAAUCUAAUACCCUGUGUGUCUGGGCAGGUGUUUUUUCAAGCCCUGACCUUUGUAAUACUAAUGUUGAGGAAUGGUGCUAUUUAGGCCAAGAUCUUCUAUCAUGAUUAUUAUUUUGCAUUAAUACUUCUCUAAAAAAAAUAUCCCAUGGUUAAUAAUCAACCUUAACUUUCCUGGAUCACAACUUUACUCCAGGUUCUCUCAUUAGCUAUUAAACAUCCUUGCGAAGUGUGCAUUGUCUUUGUUGUGAAUGUUUGUGAUAGUAGGAUUGUCAGAUUGCUUCUUUUUAUCUCAAUUUGUGCAGGUUGCUAAAUGGUCAGGUGAUUUGUUUAAUGAAGGCCUUUAUGACAUUCACAUCAAGUUAAAGAGAGUUCCUCUCCUUGAAUGGGCAAUUCCUCAGGAAAUGUACAGGUGUGUUCUUAAUUCUUAUUCAUCUUCUCUUCACUGGGAAAUCUAUGUAAGGUUAACUGGCACCAGAAGUCAUGAACAAGAAUCGCUGUUCUUUUGAUCCCCUGUUAAAGCAUACGCAGUUCUUUCCAGCUAACCCUACUGUACUUUGGAAUAAUGAGCGUAUUAUUAUGAAACUAAUAUUUAUUGCUCUUCUGUAAACCAGUGAAGAGUACAACUCUGUUUGGUGCUUUUGAAACAUUUGUGAAGUAAGCUUAUUUUAGUUUAGCUUAACUAUCAUUAAUUUGAAGAGCACUGCGGAGAGAUCGAGUCCUAUUGCUAAGUUUAUUGAGCAUUUAGCAUGGAAGGUUAAAUCUGUUAUUCUGUUGAUGUAAUGAAAGGAUAUUUGAGUUACAUCAUUUUUGGCGGCACUUUAAGCAGAUCUGAUGAUUUUCUCCUUCUUUUUUUGCAGAUUAAAAGCUUCUGAUGUAAUGGAGUCUUGCUUGUCAUAUAUAUAUCCCCACACAAGGGUUCAGUCUAUUGUUGGAAUCCUUAAAACCACAGCGCAUAAUGCGUUUCCUGUAGUGACUGUCUACAAAGACUCGCAAAGUGAACUCAAUGAAAGUGACUCUGAGGCUCAUGUCGAUACUUCUAAUGAGCGAUUUGCUCGUACAACCACUUUUUCACAUUUAACAAGUGAACAGAAACUACUACGGCAUUUACGGACUGGUGAAGGAAGUACUCUAGCUCAUAGAAAUAGGACCAUAUCAGACAUUCCUAUGAUGAGUCGCCGUGUGGAUAUUAAAGGCAAAAGGCUAAAAAGUGACAAUGAUAAAGACUGUUUGACAUACUCUUCUUCUGCACCUGGUCCUUCCAACUUGAUUAAUGAAGAUCUGGAACAAGAAAGGGUCUUGGUUGAUGACGAUGAUGACGGUACGAUAAGGGAACAACAUAAAGUAAAUUGCUUUGCUGUUCCACUUGAAUUAGGCCAGCAUAGAGUGAGGCAUUUUCAAGAUGAGUGUCAGGGCUGUCACAGGGCCAGGGAUUUCCACUGCUGGCUAGUAUGAGCAUGACCCCCAGUUACUUUCAAAGGAAACAAAAGGAAAAUAGAACCAAAACAUUCAAAUAUUAGCUGUUCAGUUCCCUGCCUAUAGCCCUGAGUGUACACUUAUACAUGCUGAUCAGCUAAAGGAAGCAGAAGAAGAAUUUAAGAAUUUAUAUUGCGCAGUUUUCAUGACGAGAUGAUCAACCGCCCAUUAUAAUAAUACAUAGAAUAAAAAUAACUAAAUGAUAAAUAAGAAUUUAAUACAUCAUGUGUUGUGUAUAAUAUCUUCAAAACGUAACUUAUGAAUAAAAAGCCUUAAAAGGUAUGUUUUGCUAAAAAUAUAAUUAUAAAAAUUAUGUAGUUGUGUUUAGGUAUUAAGUAAACCUAACUAAAAUGAAAAGCAGAACAACAUUAUGAUAGCAGUAACAAAAGCAGACACCUUACAGAGGUCCUAUUAUAUUUCACCACAAGAAAUUUACAUUUUAACAGUCUCUCCUAAGGGAACCCCUCCACUGUAAGUUAGGGAUGUGGUUUCUGGUGACAUUCUCUAUAAUCAGUUUCAAAUUCACAUUGGAAGCAUUCAUAACUUUUUACUUCAGUGUUGUAAAAAAAGCAGUCUGGCACAAGUCUUUCAACCAUGCAGUCUCAUAAAUUAUCCCUAAAAAGCCCUGUGGGAAUAAGUGGAUGAAAGGAUGCUGCAUAAAUUUACAAUUUCCAAAUACAGCAAAAAGUUGACUAAAAGGGCCUUAUUGCUUUUGAAUUUCAGUUUUACAUGAUAGACCUGUUUCAGGUGGUGGUUCUCAAAGAGCUACAGAACAAGAAGAGUCCCAAGCUUUAACAUUCCAUGGGCUCAUUCUCAGGUCACAGCUGGUGACCCUAUUAAAGAAAAGAGUCUUUUAUUUAGAGAAUUACCAGGUGAGUAUGUAUCUCUGCAGCUAGUAUCCUCCAACUAAUACUUUCCAUAGCCAUUAUUAAUCUCUUGUAGGCAGAAAAUGUCAAGACCAAAAUAAUUAUAUUUAUCCACAUUUUUGCCAUAAUUUGUAGCCUGAUCAUGCAAUAAAUUCUUAAUACUACUUCCACCGUGGAUGGGAUUAUUAUUAUUUUACUGGUAAACUGGUGCAUGGAAACUAGGCAGAAACUGACUCUUGAUCUAAAAUCAAAUUCUUUUCCCAUGAGUACCACUUGCAAUCACAAAAAUUAUGGAAUAAAUAUCUGUCAUUUGAUUGUAGAUGUCGUGUACUUUAACUACAAAAUUAAUGAAGUCUUUAGUAAUGCGCAUUAAAAUACAAACUUUCCUUCCAUUCCAGAUCCCUGGUCGAUCAGGUCUAGAUUUUGCAAGUAUGAAAGAGGAUUAUCCAAGAUUUCCUGAUAUCCAUGAUCUGCACAUUGAAUUUGAAGACCAGCAGAAAAUUAUGGUAAGUUUAGUUAAUUAUUUCAUAACUUAAACUGCCAGCAAAUCAGGAAGUGUAAGUCAGUUCUUUUACAGUACCAAGCUUCUGAGCAGUGAGUCAUCCAUUGUAUCAAUCACACGUCAAUGAGGCCCAGUUAGGAUAACAUUCCGACAAGCAACAUGGCCUUUAACAUAAUACUAAGAUAAAAUGGCAACAGACAACAUGAAAAUUGAUUUACUACUGACAAGGACAUGGCCUACUUCUCAAAAUGUGAAACAACCUUAUUUGAAAUUGAGAUUAGGAGGCAGUGCAGCCGAUUGUUCAGCGUGUCAGACUCUCAAUCCGGCAGUCCCAGGUUUGAUUCCCGGUCUGGCCACUUGCUGAAUUUGUUCUCGGUCAUCCCGAGUUCAAAUCCUCGGCCAUGCUUGUAAAUAGCCAACUGGUGCAGCCUCCCGCCCGUUAGGGUUUGUAAUCCUGUUAUGUUCUAUUUGUAUCGUUUGUUUCAUAAUUAUUUGAGUUGAGUGCCUGUAAAGUAGUAUAGCUGGAUAAGCUAUUAAGUGCACUUUUCACCAUAAACAAACCUUUUUCUUUCUGUUUUUUAGACUAGGUACAUACAUACCCCCCUUAAGAAGUCCCCAUCCAUCCAUAAUUAUCGUGUCAAUAGAAUAUUAAUGUGACAGUCAGUCAUGCAACUUGUUUAUAAUUCUGUCAGCCAGCAAGUCCUGGUUUAGGUCACUUACCAUUUAUAGCCAAAACUGUGGUCACCCACACUAGCUAUUCCAGUUGUAAAGAGGAUCCAACUAAUAUGUGAGGACAUUCCAGCCAGGCAGGUCUACCUAUUCCUGAAUAGCAUGCACAGUAGGGCUCUGAUCAUAAUGAAAUAGAAGUUACAAAUUGAGGAGUGUUUCUAGAAUCAAAAUGUUUUCUACCCAUGCCAAUCAGUGACUGUGCAAAUUUAAUAACCAUUCAGUCAAUAUAUAGAAAGUCAGCCAUUCAGCCCAGCAUCCAUAAUGUAGUUUGUCUGACUGUCAGUGUUUGCUUUUGAAUCUGUAAAACGUUAAUGUCAAAAAUUGUAUAACUUACAAGUGAUUGCCUUUUGUAAGUUAACAGAAAACAUUUAAUGUUUCUUUGUUUUUGUCAGGAUGUGACCCCUUACAUGAACCCGUGUCCUUAUAUGGUGUAUCCUUGGACCCCAGUACCUCUAGUCUUCAACCUGUUUAGGACAAUGGGUCUACGUCAUUUGAUAGUGAUUAACACCAAGGGGCAGGUAUGUAGGAAUCAUCUGUUUGCUUGAGCUAACAGCGUUGUGCACGCUCUGAUUGUCUUGCUUUGACCGAGUUUCCAUGGCUGGGUGAACCGAAGUGUUUAAAAGUAAAAAAGGUGGUGCAGCCAGGAGGCUUACCCUACCAUCACAAAAGGGUGACCCUUAUAGCUGGGCCAACGUUUUGCAAAAAAUGUUGUUAAACUUGGCUUGCCCAAGGUAGCGUGGUCAGGUGGGUGAGCCUUCUACCUGUCCGAGGCAACUUUUCUCCAUAUAAAUGGGAUCAGAAAGACAAACUUGCUCUGUUUUUUUGUUUCAGCUUGUGGGAAUGAUAACAAGAUACAAUUUAACUCAUGAAUACAUGGAACAUUGCCUGGAGAAUCUCACUUCUGAGUAGAAGAAAUUAUAUAAAUGAUCAUUUUUUAGUGAAAAGAAAAAAGUAAAUAAUAAUAAAAAAACAAUGUCAAUAGAUAGCAUCAGAUUUUAAUGUAAUUUCAGAAGAGCUAGAGCAUGUAAAAUAAAAGCACAUAGUUUAUGCAAUGGAAUUUUUUUUGUUGAUAUAGU